AUGACCGUGUACUACACCCUCACGUUCAUGCUCCUCGCGUCCGAGAUGGUCACGUUCUGUGUCCUCGUCGCACCGCUCCCCCACGUCGUCCGCAAGAAGCUCUUCCACUUUCUUUCAGAAAGCCCAAUAAUCGCCAAGCUCGCCUACGGUGUAAAGAUCGCGUUCAUCUUCAUCGCCAUCCUCUUCGUCGACGCGGUACAGCGCAUGAUGCGCGUCACCGCGGAGGCCGACCUCGCCAAGUCUAACGGCGCAGGCGCAGGCGACAUCCGCACAGAAACCAACGUGGCCGCCCGCAAGUUCUACGCGCAGAGGAAUACCUACCUCACGGGUUUCUGCCUGUUCCUGUCCCUUGUCCUCACUCGCACGUUCUACAUCCUGCUUGACCUCGUCCACACCCAGGAGGAGUACGCCAAGCUGAAGAAUGAGAACAAGUCCUCUUCGAGCGAACAGAUCGAGGAGCUCAAGACCAAACUUGCCGCAGCGGAAGCGAAGAACAAGGACUUCGACGUUGUACGGAAGCAAGCUCAGCAGAACGCGAAGGAGUACGACAGACUCGCGACUGAGUACAACACCAAGACCGGCGCCGUGUCGGACAAGCGCAAAGACUGA